GAGAAACAGCGGCCUUUGGGAAGAGAGAGAAGGCAAAACACUCGCGAAAAUCAGCCAUUUCUAUGCAUUGAGACAUCCAACGGCUGAGAGGCGCACGAUGAAGAUGAAGCAUCUAAUCCGACGGCUCUCGCGCGUCGCCGAUUCGUCCGAGUACGUUCUGCUUCGAUCGGAGUCGAGGGCCGCGAGAGAUCGGCGAUCCGGAGCAAGAAUGGGAAAAGAUCGCCAAUCCGAUGGGAAUGGGGGACAAGAUCGGCGAGGUCAAGGGGGGAGGAAGGUCCAGGAGGGGCACGUGCCGGUUUAUGUUGGCGAGGAGAUGGAGAGGUUCGUGGUGUGCGCCGAGUUUUUGAACCACCCUGUGAUCGGCGAGCUCCUGAAAAGAUCGGCGCAGGAGUACGGGUACGAGCAGGAGGGGGUGCUGAGGAUUCCGUGCCACGUGGCAAUUUUUAAGCGAGUAUUGGAGGGGUUGGAGUUGCGCGGCGAUGUCGACGAGGAGUUGCUGGCGAUUAGUGAAGCUGAGCUCCUGUAAAAUCCUCUCUCUCUCUCUCUACUAAAUACUCUCUCACACGCUCUGGUUUCUUUUUCUAGGUUCUGUGAACUCUCUCUCUCUCUCUCUGCAAUUCCUCUCUCUCUCUCAUCUUGGAUUGAGGGUUUCAGAAGAGGGUCCCCAUGUAAAUACUCUGCGGCAAAAGAGCAGGAGAUUUUUAGGGUUUUUUUUUUGAAGGUUUUCCAGUCCUUUGUUUAUGUACAGGAAACGGCGUCUUUCUGUUACAGAAGAGAUGAUGGUGAAGCAAUGAGUAAAACCCUAACUUUUUCUUUUCUUAUUUCUUUUCACAUUUGAUUCUUGGUUUGUGGAAUGUAGCAAUCUUUAUUUACUUUGGGUUUUGAGUGUAGAGACUGUGAUUGUUACGGAUUCAAGCACAAUGUUUAGUGGAUUUUCACUUUGUAUA